UCUGAGCUCUGUUUAGUGGAGUUAAUAAAACAAUGUCGUUUGAAAAGCUGAUAACAAGUCUGCAGGAGUGUGUGAUCACCGGGGAGCGAGCAGCUGAACAUGUCAGCCACACACUCAGGCUCUUUAUUGACAAACUGUCUGAAUCCUCCAGGAGUGGUGUUAAAAGAUGUAAGGAGCGCUGUUUGGAGGAGGCUGUCCAGCUGCUGAGACAAACAUCAGAGGCACAGCUUCAGGCUCUGGAGGAGAGACACCUCCAGCUUCUUGUCAGGCUCCUCGUCUCUCUGCAGCUGCAGAUGGUCAACAUCUCCACUGCUUGUCGCAAAGUGGACCAGAUGUUGCAACAUCUGGCAAAGGUGGACCAGCAGUUGGUUUUUAGAGAAACCCAUCAGUGUUUGCACUCCAUAGUCCAAACUGAGCAGGUGUUGUCUUAUGAGGAUCUGCAGAGAGCCUGUAUGUUCCUGGAAGACAGCACUGCUGGUCGUGAGGUGUGGCGAGAGUCAUUCCUGUCUUUGCUGAAUAAAGUGUCUGAGUUAUUCCUGGUUGUGUUGCAACAAGAGUCACUGAGAGAUGGACCACUGUGUUACAUUGCUGUCAAGGUGUGUUUGCAAAUAUUCCAGCUGUUGUCCAGUGAAGUGGCUCCUCUGGUAUGGGACGAGGAGCACGGGGACCCAACGGUGCAGAAGAUCCUGCAGGCUCUUAUGGACAUAAUACUUGGACAGUGCUGCAACAGGGACACUCGUCUCUUGGCAGGCACUGCUGUGGCCAUGCUGAUCAACACAGCGUCAGAGAGCAGAGCAGGAGAGGCUGCUGCCUGGAGUCUGCUACAGGUCACUCACUCAGAGCCCUGGCUGCUGAGUGUUGGUGCUCUCCAGGUACAGUGUUGCCCAACAGUGAGGGACGGAGUGGACAGGCUAGCUGUGAGCAGGGGCCUCCUGACCUGCUGUCGACCUCACAUCUUGGUCAGUUCACACAGGGAUGCUACAAAGAUGUGUUUACUGCUGAAAGGUUUGUUUCCUGUGGUCUAUGCUCUGUGUGGGGAGAAGCUGGAUUGUCUCUACUUUUCCUUUGAAGCUUUAACACUGUGGCUGAAGAAAGUUAAAGAAUGUCUGGCCGAUAUCUGGAAGAUGACCGGCGAUCGCCUUCUGCCUGACGACAGCAGCCUGCAGCAAGACCUCAUUCACAUUAUCUGGACCAAUGCAGAAAGCCCAGUGGAAGGUGUGUCAGAAUUUGUGCGCAGUGCCUUUUCUCUCCUGCUGGACCUCUAUGAGAUGGACUGUGAGCACUUUUGUGACACAAAGAAGACUCUGUACUUUACUCAACUUCAGCGUAUAAUCAAACUACCCUGGGAAACCAAAGCCAAGUAUCAUCGCCUUUGCGCCCUGCUGCCAUAUCUGGGUACUGACAUGGUGCUGGAUCAAUAUGCGGAAAUACCCAAUCACCUCCUGAAGUGCUUGUCAACCAAUCACCUGUCACCAUGCGGCUCAGAGCUUUACAAGUGUCUGAUCCAGCAGCAGAGGCGAGAGCUGUGUGAUGGCUCACAAAAGUCCUCUUCACACACUGAGCUGGAAGUGGCCAGUCACUGGGCAAAGCACUGGCGGCAUGUCCUUCAUGAGGCACUCACGUCUGAUGUGACUCUCCUACAGAACAACAGCUCGACGCUCUUACUGCCCUGCACCUUUCAAAUCUUCCCCUCUGCUGUGGGCCCUCUGCUGGCCUCUCUGGACCCAUUCGCCCCCGGCCACCUCCACGCCUGGGCCUGCAUCGUAGGCUCCUACCGAGCCACGACCGGAGGCUCUCCCUGGGCUCUGCAGGGGAGCUCAACCUUCAAAACCCUCCAGCUUGCUCUGGGAUCUGCAGAUGACAAAGUCCGUCUCGCUGCUCUUAAUCUCCUGUGCUGCAGCCCAAAGACAAAAGAUGUUCCGACCGCAGAGGAGAUGUCGAUAAUGAGGGUGUUUAUUCCUCAGAACCUGAACUGUGAGUCGUCACCUUUUCGACAGCAUUUCCAAGCUAGAGUCAGGAGGUUUCUGGUUCGAAUCAGAGACGGCUGCUUGGCACGUGUCAGAGGACAGAAGGGCAAAAAUAAAAGGGACGACACCCACUCAGAGAGAGAACGGGAUAUACUGGAGCAGGGAAUAGGGUUUGUUGAAUGGUUGGGUGAACUUCCAUACAGCUAUCUGGCCCCAGGACACAGUUAUCAGAGGAAGAAGACUGCGUUGCUGUUGCUGUCUGCCGUGCUGGAGACCUGCACAGACACCUGGAGCCCAGACAAAAAGAAGGGACAGCCUCCAGUGAAUAUGGGAUCUCUUAUUAACUAUGCCAGACAAAGAGGACAGUGGGAUUUCACAUGCAGGACAAAACAGCUGGUCCUCAUCAGCUGUUUAGAAGAUUCUACGAAUGAGAUUCGGGAGCUCUCAGCUGGGUUAUUAUUGAGGUUUUUCCCACCCAGUUUUCCAGAUGACAUCGCUGCAGUGCUACUCACGCGAACCAAACAGCUUCUGUGCAGUCCUCGGGUGCAGGAGGCUCAAAUGGGAGCACUGAUGAUGAAGGUCCUCCUUCAGAAAUCACAAGACCAGCCUGAGGACUUCGGGCCGAACAGUAACAGUGGAAGCAACACCAAAGCUUCCUACAUGGUCAGAUUCCUGGUGAAGGAGCUGGAGGAGCAUUAUCUGACAGCCAAGGCUGACAUGAUGCUUGCUGCCAGGACCAAGCCCAUACAUGGUGUUCUGAGUGCCCUCCAGAGGUGUUUGCUUGAUGCUCCCAGCAGUGUCUACAACACACUUGACCACAGUCUGACCAUGAAGGUGCUGGUCCUGCUGGAGAAUAUGUCUCUGCUGCUGCUGGGUGUCCUGUAUGGAGACCAGGAUGCUUGUGCCACUGAAAAGGAUGCGCCCCCUUCUUUUUGUGAUAUGGGUAACGCCAUCAGCUCUCUGAUAGCCCAGGAGUCUGGAGGAGGCGAUGUGGAUGGAGAGGAGUGUGUCCUUCUAUCUGAGGAGCACAGCCUCGUCCUCACCUGCUGCUGGGUCUCUCUCAAGGAAAUAGGAAUCUUUUUAGGUUCUCUGGUGGAGAAAAUUCUCACUGAAUCCAAACCUAGCAUGUGCCUCCUAACAAAAGACGAUCUAUGGAGAGCGUCAAAAGUGUUCAAGAAUAUUCUUCUCAAAUGUCGGCACUGGGGGGCGGUAGAGGGAUGCUGUGCAGGCUUCACCAAGUUCUGUGUCUCUCUGUUGAGCAGCAAUGAUCCAGAGCUUAGAGAUAUCCCAGCCAACAUGCUGAAACAAGGUUUGCAGGUGGUGCGGUCACCUCGCUCCACCUCUGUGACCCGGCGGGCUGCAGGAUUGCCUAUGCUCAUCCUCUGCGUUGUGUCAGCAGAAGAGGCCAGUAAAGCAAGACCACUGUUAGCCCACAGCAUGCAAACCUUACUGGAGACAGCCAGAACCCCUCUACCUGACAACUGGGACCAAACACUGGACCUGCCACAGGUGUGUGCGGUUCACACUCUGCAGGCCGUGGUUCGCGGUUCUGGUCUGGGAGUAGCUGUCCUUCACUUUGCUCCUGCUGUAGCCAUGUUGUCACUCACUCUGCUCAGUUCUCCUUGCUGGGCCAUGAGGAAUGCUGCCCUGCAACUUUACAGUUCUCUGUGUUCGCGAAUGCUCGGCCAGCGGCCCAGCAGUGAGGAGGGAGGCCCUGCCCAGCACGGCAUGUCCCCACUUGCUUUCUUCAUCCACUACCCUGCACUCCAGCCCUUCCUCCUGGGCGAGCUGAGAGGGGCAGCACAAGACCUCCAGGGUCCACCCAAUGAGGCUAAGCUACACCUCCAACCGUCGCUCUUCCCCAUCCUGACCCUGUUAGCCCAACUCCAGCCUGGUGUCCAGGACUCAACAGAAACUUUGUCAGACUUCCUGCCUCCUUUGCUCCAGCUGUCUGCCAGCCCUAUUUACAGUGUGAGAGUGAUGUCCUCGAAGGCUUUGGUUGCCAUGACUCCCCCCUCAGAGUACAUGAACAUCCUCAUCAAACUGACGGCUCAACUGCCCCGUCCACAGGAGCGCUGCUGUCACAACCGGCUCCACGGACAGCUGCUGCAGAUCAAAGCUACCCUAGAGAGAGCGCUCUGCACUGUCAGUGUCCCUUCAGCUGACCUGUGUGAGGUGCUGCGCAGGAUGGAGGCCUCACUGUGGCUGGUGACUGAAGCUCAGCACUGCCCACUAGUGAGAGGGGCCUACCUCGGAGUGGUGGACUCAAUAAGAAGACUCUGCUGUGAGACCUACCUGUCAAAGCUCAGUGACACCCUCAUGCAUGACCUCCAGACACCUCAACAGGAGCUUCAGAUCGGGUUGUCAUCCUUCCAUCAACAAGCCAUCCACUUCCUGUGCGCAGAUCUGAAAUGGGCUUGUCAAAUCUGGAACAACUUCUCUGCCGCAAGCCCUGAUCUGAGGCUCUCAUUGGUUACAUGGGUGGUGGAUGGGCGGGGCUCGCAGCAGACUGGUUUGAAAGAGGCGAUCCGGAGGGUGUUGCAGUCAAACCUGAGGGAGGCAUUGUUGAGCCACAGUUUGGAGUACCGCAGGACCUACAUCGCAGCUCUGGUGGCAGCGAUGGCCGGAGGUGAUUCUAUUUUACCCCAACAUCCUCCUCAGUGGGCCCCACUGGAGGAGCCAGUUCUGCCAGAGUGUCUGGAUUUGUUGCUUAGGGACCUGGAGGACCAGCGAGGGGGGCCAGAGUUUCUAUCCCAGGCUCUUUAUGCUGCCAGCCUGCUGCUUUCCCACAGCUCAGACUCCAGUUUAAAGUUAUCCAUGUUUGAGCGCUGGUGUAGCGUGUUGGAAUGCCACCGAUCCCCAGACACUCCUGAAGUACUCAGGAUGGCGUGUGCUGAAGCUCUGUGUGUGGCCGCAGCUCCUCUAAUGAGCCAAAGCGCUCUGCAUGCCACCAUGAUCAGGUUGAUCAACACGGGUCUGUACUUGCUGCAGGACCAGAGCCAGCAGGUGAGGUUAAAAGCAGCCUGUUUCACCUCCAUGUUGCACCAUGCGAGAAAAGGAGAAAGCCAGAGGAGCGUCUACUUUAUGCAGGUCAACCAGGCUCUGCCGCUCCUACUGGACCUGCUCCUGGAGGAAUGCUGGGAUACCCCAGGCACACUGGAGGUGUUGCUGUGUCACCUGCCUAAGCUGGACCUCAGAUCUGUGCUGAGAGAGGCCUCAGACACAGGGUGUUCCAGUCUGUAUGAGCAGGAUGAGGCCAAUGUGUUUGCAGAGCCCUCUGUGAUGUGUGCACAUGUGCUGCCUUACCUGCUGCAGAUGGCUGAGAGAUACUCUGAAUCUUCUGCUGUGGCACAGAGCCUGAGUGUGUGGGCAGAGGAGAGUGCUGCACAGGUGCUAGACGGCCUUGCAGUCUGCAGAGAGCUCCAGCCAGCUGAUACUUUGACCCCAGCCUGGCUGGCUCUACUCAUCGACCCCCGUUUCCACUGCACCCUGUGUGGCCUGCUCACCAGGGCUGCCUUUCUCCUCCAGCUGUUGAAAACAUCUGAUAAUCUACGACACCUCUGUGAUCCUUCGGCAUUGCACAUGAGUUUACAGGAAGUCUGUGGUGUGCUCAGUCCGAGCGGUGUCCAGUUUCCGUCUGUCGUAACAGCUGCUGUGGCUGGAGAGCUGCCACCGUGAUGCAAGGAGGGGCUUUUUCUGCACACUCAAUGAGCACAGUCUUUUGGGAUGAAAUUACCUGUGGGUAUUUCAAGAAUGCUUAUGACAUCUACGUGUGCAACGUUAGUCUUGACUUAAGUACUGCUGAUGCUGCAGUACACCAGCUGGCCAGGUUAUGUAAGAGCUCAGUGGCUGCAGUCACUAGUAUCCAUCAUCAUAUUACCCCCACAGAGAAGAAACCCUGUGGGCAUUGGGUGCCAUGUUCCUCACAGUGCUUUUAAAUAAGGGAUCAUAACAUAACAUUUUCUGGUGCUUUGUUCAGUUUUAUAGCAGAAAGCUUUUUUAUGCCGAGGUGCAGCCACCAAAAUAGCCUCAGGUCUGUUUUUAUGAUCACCAUUGCUUCAAGACAAUAAUCCUCAGUCCCAGAGCAGUGCUCCUGUCCUCUGUUGUUCCAAGCAGUUUGUCAUGUCUCAGCAGCAACAGUAGCAGCAGUGAUUUAAUGCAAUAGCGUCUGGAGAAAUUGGCCGCUUGGUGCCUUGCAGGGGAAUAAAGUGUAUGUUUUGAUGGUCCAUUAGAGACCUUCUGCCUGGAUAAGUGUCCAUUUUCCCAACCACACGAGGGCUGAAGAUGAUUGACUGGAUCUGAUAGAAAGCUGUCGGUUGGUAUACGAGGGACCACACACACCAGACCAGUCUUACAUCACCAGAUAUCCCACUGCUGUUGUUUGAGAGGCGUGGCUCUCAGUAUGAAACAAACACUGACACACAUGACUUUGUGCAAACUAUGGUUGAGCUUUGGUUAAAGGUCCAGUAUGUAGGAUUUAGGGGCAUCUUUUGGCAUAAAUGGUACAUAAUAAUAAUCAUAACUAUGUUUGUUUAUGAUCACCUGAAAAUACGAAUCGUUGCAUUUUCAUUACCUUAGAAUGAGACGUUCAUGUCUACAUAUGGAGCGGGUCCUCUGCAACAGAGUCCACCAUGUUGUUUCUGUUCUUCCAGAAUGGACAAACCACACACUCGGCUCAGUUUGCAUUUUUGCAUCAGCCACCAUAGUUCUACCACAUGCUUGGGACACAGGAGAAGGCCCAGUUUUGCAACCUCACUGCUAGAUGCCUCUUAAUCCUACACACUGGACCAGAGCCCUGUGCAGGACUGGUUUCCUCAUCCCACUCCUGCCCGCUUCCGCUAAAUUUCUGACCAUUACCACCUGCUCCCGUGUGUCAGCUCCCGCCUGCACAUGCAAACAUUCUGACCAAACAUACCUUCACAGUAUCAAUAGAUGGAGUCUUCUGCCAUCCAGCAAAGUCUUAGGGCUGCUGUGAAACUGCGCUUACUUAAAGCAUCAAAAAAGUUUGGCUUUGGUGCGUUGGUACAAUAGACAAACAAGAAAGGAUGGCAGAGGAGAUACCCGCACACCAAUGCAACUGGGCUGGACAGCCUCAAAAAGGUCCACAAGCUUUUUAUUCACUUGUUAUUAUUUUUGCACUUUCGAGCACCUUUAUUUUUGUGCACAGAUGUCUUAAGUAAAUUGACUAUUGGGGCAUCAGUGGCUUAGUGGAUAGGGCAGGCACCCCAUGUACAAUGGCACUGUCAUUGCUGCAGCGGCCCAGGUUCGACUCCAGCCUGCAGCCGUUUGCUGCGUGUCAUUGCCUCUCUCUCUCUCUCUCUCUCUCUCUCUCUUUUUUGCAUCGAUCUCAGCCUGUAGAUCUUUUUACGCCUGUCCAGGCCAGUUACGUUGGUGUACAGGUAUCUCCUCUGCUGUCUUCUGCCAUCCCACAGAGAGAACACCUGAUUUUACUGUGGUAUUAAAGACACGCAUACCUGUCGAUAAUAAGUAGUGAAAUCACAUUCUAGUGCGUAAUUACACUCAUAGUUACAGUUAUUCUGGUGUCUUUGGGACUCAGUGUAAUUAUUAUUAUCAGUAAUAUUCAUAAAACAAUCCAAAUAUCCAGCUUGCCUUGCCUUUCCUUUGUUUUCUAAUGCCCUGCUUUUAGCUCCUUUUCCACUUCACUUGCUGACCUCUGCAUCCUUCAUGUUAAUUAUUCUCUGGGACCUGCACAUGGUUUUUUUUGACUGCCUGAUCCCACCCGCGGCAAAGAUAAAGCCGCCCAUUCCUGUGAGAUUUGUGUUGGGACCCACGCGAUUGCAAUCCAAAUGUAGUCCUCUACACUAGACCUUUAUAAGUGUGUGUAAGUUUUAUUGUUGUAUCGUCAGAACUUUUAUGUCCUUUGAAGUGCUGUUAUGAUACUGGAAUUUCUGACUUUGGUUCAGUACCUUUAAAAAAGAGUCAGUAUUCAAUACCAGUUUUGAUGUCACAUUAGUAUUGUAAGAGGUGAUUAAAUUAUCAGAAUAAUAUCAACAGAUUUAUCAACAUAUGACUGUAAACCAACAGAGCUAUUUUUUUACUCUCUGUAUGUCUCUGUAUGUACAGGAGGUAUCUCUAUAUCAGUUAAAGUUUCCAUGGUGUAUGCAUGAAGCAUCAUAUGCUUAUUAACAUCUAGAUUAUGCAACAGCUAUGACAUCAAUCUUGUAUUAAUGAUUCAUACAUAAAGCUUACGCAAUCUGUUCCCGUACAGCCAACAUCAUAAUUAACACCUGGUGCACAAAUCUCUGAGGUGACACCGUGCCUCUGAGGAAGCUACAGGUGGUUCUUGUCAUGUUCUUGACACAUUGUGCAUCAUGUUGACGUGACAAGAUAAGGAAAUGCUAGAUAAUGAAACUUGUUGGUCAAAACUGUGACAACAUUUUUGGACAAACCUUGAAUCGUCUUACCAAGAUAUCUUUGAGUUUGAUUUAUCCCACGCUCCAUGUCACCUACAGUAUCUGUUUGUUGAUGAAAGAUGUGUGCUGCUGACUGUAUUGAUGUUACCAGACAAAAACAAACCCAUAUAUUUCAGUUUCAUAGAUUUAUGAGUCAUUUAAGACAAACCUUCAAAACACAGUCUCUUUAAAAUACAAAUGGAGGCUUGAACUCUGCUCUACUUCGAGACAAAGGCUGGAAAAACGUGUGGCUUGAUAUCUUGGCAGCUUGUCAGUAUGCCUGAAAACAAAGGCAUCAUUUUAAUCAAAAGACACAGAAUCUUAUCCGCUUGAACGACGUGUGCAAUAUUGUGUCUUCUUCCUCAACCUUGAAAACAAAGUUUGAGAAGGGCUGGAAAUUUACUGAAGGCAAAGUGUGUAUAAAACUGGAAAAUGACCAUCUGGCUUAAUAAAAGCCUUUGCUUUUUGUUCCUGAGAGUCUCUGGGCUCUCAGUACACCUACGUGCUGCUAAUUAAAUGAUUAACUAACUGUGGCAACAGGGAAUAAGGCCAAGUAAGUACAACCACUUUUACUGGGUGUGUGUACAUGCAUACAGACAUGUGUACCAUUUGGAGCAUGAAGGAGUGUUUUUCCACUGUUGUGUCACAAGUGGAUCCUCUUUCCUCAGGUGAAAAACUGCAAAGUCAAAUGUUUUUUACUCUACCAAUAGAAAUACAGUAACAAAUCUUUAUGAAUGAAAUGCAUUUAGAUUUUUUAAGAGCUGUUUUGCUGAAUAUAAUAAAGUGAACUAUAAAAUGUUUGUCUUUCUCUUUCCUGAGUUCCAUUUUCCAAAGCUUUAAGUCUCCAUUAAAGCAUAUUGCAAACAAAGGGCUACUGUGCCACUCUGCAAAGCAUUUCUCUGUAAAUAAUGAGCCCUAUACAAUGUGUGUGUACUUGAAA